GAUGUUGAGUCUUGGAAUAUUGACAUCUAUAAAGAGGUCAGCAACGUUAGUGAUGAGUAGUCCAGAGGAUAGAUCGUGGUCUUAUUUUGUGGGUAAAACUCCUAAAGACGCUAAAAUUAUUCACAACGACGAUAGAAUUGAAAGAGUUAGAAGAAAUCACCUGAACGAUGUCGAAAACAUCUACUUGUUUGUCCUAAUUGGCUUUUUUUACGUACUAACUCAACCAGACCUUUCUACUGCUACGUGGCAUUUUAGAAUAUUUACCAUCUCUCGCUUUAUUCACACACUCGUCUAUCAAUUAGCAGUUAAACAACCAGCGAGAGGUUCCGCAUUUUUUGUAGGUGUUUUGGUAAAUGUUUCUAUGGCUUUUAGUAUCUUGUUUAACGGAGCUUUGAGCUUUUGA